AUGCUUACUAAGAGAAAAAUAAAUAACGAAGUUUUAAUACAACUGGUAUUGUUGCAAGUUAAUGACAUCAAGCAACUUAAAUAUGUUAUAGAAAAAUAUCAAAAGUAUUUCGUACCUUCGUCUCCAUGUCCAGAUCUUAUAAAUCACGAAGCAGUUCUUUCAACAUCUAGAAAAUUAACCAUGAAUAUACCAACCGUUUUUAAAACAUCAAUAUGUGAAACAUCCAAAUCAACUAUUCUUGAUGCAAAUACUGAAAUAACGGGAAG